AUGCCAUUUCAAAAGAAAAUUUCUACAGUUAAUCGUCAAAAACAAGAAACUUCGAAAAGAAACACAUUAAACUUAAUGAAUUGUACUAUAUCUAGUAAUGAUUCUUAUUCUUAUCCUGAAUCACAACAUCUACAAACGAAUUUUAUUGUAUUUAGUAAUGAUACUUAUCCUUAUCCUGGAUUAAGACAUCUACGAACGAAUUUCAAAUGUCAAAUCGUUAUAGCUCAACGUUUAAAUAAAACAAUGGUAUUUCCCAAAACUGUUGGUAUUCCGAAAUAUCAUUCGCAAUCUUUUUUAUAUCCAAAUCAAAAAAAGUUUAUAGAAAUACCAACUGAAAGCAUCAUAAAUAUCAAACUAUAA